CCACCCGCUCCUGCUUCUGCGCCCCCCUCUCUCUCUCUCUCUCUCUCUCGCCUCAAUCAUUAGUCUUCUCCCACCUCUUCAGCCAAACGGACCCUUCGCUCUUGCUCCCAUCGCGCCCCCCCCUAUCUCUCUUCCUCUCCUGUUCUUUUCUUUUCUAUUUUUUUAAUCUUUUGUAUUCUUUGCGCUGUUCUCACUCGCUCCGUGGGGGGCCAUGAGCAACCCUGACGGCGGCACCAGCGGCAGCGGCCCGCUCGAGGGCCAGAAGCAGCAGCAGCGGCAGCUGGCGCCCGCGGGUGGGAACGGGGCGCUGGCGGUCAAGAAGCCGCCGUCCAAGGACCGUCACAGCAAGGUGGACGGCCGCGGGCGGCGCAUCCGCAUGCCCAUCAUCUGCGCCGCCCGGGUGUUCCAGCUCACACGCGAGCUGGGCCACAAGUCGGACGGCCAGACCAUCGAGUGGCUCCUUCGCCAGGCCGAGCCCUCCAUCAUCGCCGCCACCGGCACUGGCACCACCCCGGCCAGCUUCUCCACCGUCUCCUCCUCCCUUCUCCGCGGCGCCGCCGGGAACUCCGGGGCCGGUGCACCCCUCUCCCUUCCCACCCCUUCCUCAUCCGCGGCCGCUGUCAGCGGCGGUACCCACCUCCUCUCCCACGCCCUCGCGCCCGCUCCCUUCAUCCUCGGCAAGCGCCUGCGCGCGGACGACGACUCCGGAGGCAAAGAAGACACCGUCACCGGGGGAGUCGGCGGCGUAAGUAGUGGGGCGGGGAUGGGGAUCGGUCCGGCGGCUGGAUUCUGGGCCUUGCCAGCCCGGCAGGAUUUCGGGCAGGUCUGGAGCUUCGCCACGCCGGAGAUGGUGCCGGUCACGCUCAACGGGAGGUUCGCGGGUCAGCCUAUGGGAGAGGCGUCAGCGGCGCGGGUCGGGAACUAUCUUCCUCUCGCCGGGCACCUCAACCUUCUCGCCUCAUUGUCGGGCGCCCCCGGCGCGGCCGCCGCGGGGGCGGCAGCUGGGACCGACGACGAGGCCCGCUGAUUGCGUGGGUGGGUUAGGGUUAGGGUUCUAGUGGUUCGCUCUUGGAGUCAAAAAACCAAAAAAAGCCUUAGUUUGUUUGUGGGGUUGGAGUGAUGCGGACUUAAGUCUUUUAUUGCCUGCCUUGUCUUUCUUUGGCCCUCUUUCUUGAUUUCCGUCUCGGUUAUUAGGGUUUCUGUGGAUCGGUCGUGCACAAUACUUUCCCAUGGGUUUCUCAAGGAGACUACUCGUAGGCAUCUCGGAAGCACAGAUGAUGAUGAUGAUGGAUGGUUGGAAUUUGGCUGUCUUCGCAAAGGGCUUCUUCAUUCUACAUCUCUGGGGAUCAGAGGAGAGCGCUUGUGGCUAUCUAUCCCCUUCUUCUCUUUGCCGGAGGCAGUGCGAACGAAGAAUAGGGUUUCAUAUUGUGGUCAUCGUAUGCAUUUGAGGUAGAAGAGGGCGUGGGAGCUUCAAUCGUGAUCGGUAGCUGGGAACAUGCAACAGCACCUCGAUAUCCUACUUCAGGGAACCCUCUGUUGUCAAACCCUGUAAGUUCCCCGUUUCCAAAGCUCCAUUCUAUAUUUGUAGCCAUAUUUCUUUGAUUUACCAGCAUGGCAAUAAUGGGGUUCUGUGUAUGUAUUUGUGGACCAUUUGGUUUGUGUGAGAGCUAAUAAAAACUGUACCUGUUCUUCUCGCUGCU